AUGAUAACAAUACAGGACAAGACUUAUUAUGUCACUUAUAUAAUGAUUCCCACCAUGGUCGAUGGUAAGGUGUGUAAUGCCGCUACAAAGACGACAUCCAUUUUGCGUUGUUAUAUAUGCGGAUUAACCUCAAAACAUUUCAACGAUUUAAAAACAAAACAAGAAGUUAAUCCAAAGGCGCUAAAAUUUGGAUUAUCUAUCUUGCACGCUAGGAUCCGCAUACUUGAAAGUUUGUUACACGUGGCGUACAGAUUGCCGCUGAAAAAAGGAAGAAUUAAUAAAAAAAAAGAUGAUGUAUCCAUAAUAAAUCAAAGGAAGGCCGAGAUCCAAAAGGAUUUUCGUGUUAAAAUGGGUUUAUUGGUAGACAUGCCUAGGACUGGAUUUGGCAAUACUAAUGACGGAAACUCAAGCCGCAGGUUUUUUGAAAAUCCGGAACUGGUAGCUGAAAUAACAGGCAUCGAUAUAAAGUUAAUUUUUCGUUUUAAAGAAAUCAUGGAAAUGAUGCUUUGUGUUGAACUUCCAGCAAAAAGCGAUACGGUACAGAAUUUUGAUGACGAGGAAACUAAAGAUGAUACUGAAUUAAUGUCUGACGAAGGCAACUCAUUUUCUGACUAA